AUGAAGGCGGAGAAGAGUCCGAUUCAGUGCGUGAUGUCGUGGAUUCGCCGGCAGCCUCCCAAGGUAAAGGCGUUUUUUGCUGUGGUUACGGCAAUGACGGUCCUCGUCUUCCUCAAGGUCAUUGUCCAUGAGCACGACAACCUUUUCAUUGCUUCCGAGGCUGUCCAUGCCCUCGGCAUCUCCCUUCUCAUCUACAAGCUCACCAAGGAGAAGACUUGCGCUGGGAUAUCUCUCAAGACGCAGGAGCUAACGGCUCUGUUUCUUGCCGUGCGGUUGUAUUGUAGCUUUGUAAUGGAAUUUGAUCUUCACACGUUACUCGACUCUGCUACGUUGGUCACGACCCUUUGGGUCAUCUAUAUGAUACGUCUCAAGCUUAGACCCACUUAUAUGGAAGACAAAGACAACUUCCCCAUCUACUACGUUGUAGUCCCAUGUGCUGUUGUAUCACUCCUCAUUCAUCCAUCCACACGUCACCACAUCAUAAACAGGCUCUUCUGGGCGUUCUGUGUUUAUCUUGAAGCUGUUUCAGUUCUUCCUCAGUUAAGAGUCAUGCAGAACACUCAGAUUGUGGAACCAUUUACAGCACACUACGUUUUUGCUUUGGGAAUCGCAAGGUUCUUGAGUUGUGCACACUGGAUCCUUCAGGUGUUGGAUUCGGGAGGGCGGUUACUGACUGCAUUAGGAUAUGGAUUAUGGCCUAUAAUGGUCCUUCUCUCUGAAAUCGUCCAAACCUUCAUUCUUGCAGAUUUCUGUUAUUACUAUGUCCAGAGUUUAAUGGGUGGACAGCUUGUUCUUCGUCUUCCAUCAGGUGUGGUGUAAGAAGCUUGAGCUUGUAUGGAUCGAGCUUCUUACGGAGGUUUCAUGAUUAUACAACUUUGAGAUAUAAUAUUACAUAUAUUUGCUAGCAAACAAACCUUGAUUAGAAUUAAUUUUUCUAAUAAUGUCAAUUAAUCGGAUUUCGUUGUGGUGACGUUCAUAAAAUUCGACACACCAAACUUAAGAACGCUGUAAUGUUCUCGAACAUUUAUGGAAGACACCAGGAAGUGUGAAGUC